AGGCUAGAACCCCGAGCGUGGUCGGUUGGAGAGAACAUGUCUGUCCGGAGGCACAUUGGGAACCCCGAGUAUCUGACAAGAAGAAUACCACAAAACCCGAAAUAUCAACACGUCAAGUCAAGACUGGACACUGGUAACAGCAUCACGAAAUACACAGAGAAGCUAGAAGAGAUCAAGAAAAAUUACAGAUACAAAAAAGAUGAGCUUUUCAAGAGACUUAAAGUUACAACUUUUGCCCAGCUGGUCAUCCAAGUUGCUUCCCUGUCUGAUCAAACACUGGAAGUGACAGCUGAGGAGAUUCAAAGGCUAGAAGACAAUGAUUCUGGGACCUCAGACCCCGACGUGGACAACGCCGCCAGGACCAACGGGAAAGGGAGUCCCAGUGAGCCACCACCUAGUCCCGUGCAGUUUGUGAACAACUCGGGCGCCGGCGACUCCAGCCGCUCCACACUCCAGAGCGUCAUCAGUGGUGUUGGGGAGCUGGACCUAGACAAAGGGCCAGAGAAGAAAGCAGAGCCCAGCACCAAAGACAAACCUUAUCCUGACUGCCCCUUCCUGCUGCUUGAUGUGCGAGAUAGAGACUCCUACCAACAGGGCCACAUUGUUGGAGCUUACAGUUAUCCCAUUGCAACGCUGUCUAGAACAAUGAACCCUUACUCCAAUGACAUUCUGGAAUAUAAAAACGCCCAUGGCAAGAUCAUUAUUCUUUACGACGAUGAUGAGAGGCUGGCCAGCCAGGCGGCCACCACCAUGUGUGAGAGAGGCUUCGAGAAUCUCUUCAUGCUUUCUGGAGGUCUAAAAGUCUUAGCUCAGAAAUUUCCAGAAGGACUGAUCACUGGUUCUCUGCCAGCAUCCUGCCAGCCAGUUCUUCCCCCGGGUUCUGCUCGGAAGAGAUCCAGCCCCAAAGUGCCACCUCCACCCGCUGAGAAUAAAUGGAGAUUUACCUCAGAAGAUUUAAAAAAGAUAGAAUAUUACCUGGAAGAACAGGGUCCUACAGAAAAUCCUGGCCGGCUGAGCCAAGCCAACUCCACUGGAAGAGACUCCAAGGUUCCCGCUGGCACCCCGAAUCCCCGUGCCCUCAGCAGCAGCGCCCCGCAAGGCAAGCCGUGGAAGUAA